ACCGCACCUGCGUUAUGAAAGAUCACGCGCUAUAUUUCCAUACUGAAGGAUGUGUGCGCACAAAAUCUUGAACUGCACUCUUAUGUGUUGGAAAAAACCUGAAUGGCAAAAAAUGUCUACUUCAGAAAUCUAUCUAUGCAUUAUUUUGGCUUUUACAAGCGUCAAUACAGCCUAGUUCAGAACGAUCCGCCCGAAGAAAGGCCCUGACAUAUAGAAAAACUAAAUCUGGCUGGACUUCCUCAGUGUCCCUUUCAACCCCAAAGUCAGUAUGCUCUUUGUGUACCCAAAGGAGGAGCUGAAAUGUUCUACAGGAAAAGUGGACAGGAUGUGGUCAUGAACUGUGGUGAUGCAGCCCAGAACAGUGAUUUGGAGUGGAAGCACAGUGACGAACUCAUUUUACGUAUUAAUGGAAAAAGUGGGAGAAUGAUGAAAGGGGCAUCUAGUGUUGCUGGGAAAGCAAAGAUAACUGGAACCAAGCUGGUGAUUAAUUUACUGGGCACUAAGGAUUCUGGUCUCUACAGCUGUACUGGACAAAACAAAAUAGGGACAAAAAACACAUGGCAACAUAAACUGCAUGUUGUGUCAGUCAUUGCUAGCCCUGCUGAUGUAGUACUCGAUUCCACUGAGGUAACUCUGACAUGUGACAUCCCUGAAGACUCAACAGUAGAAGUUCAGUGGAUGAGGCCUCCGGAUCUUAAACCUUUUGGAUACCAUGGCAAGACUGUGACGCUGAAAUCUGUGAGCUUGGCUGAUGCUGGCCACUGGGUCUGUCAGGUCAAAGAUGAACAGGGGGUGGAGUUAAAUAUAGGAUUGGACAUCACUGUUGUUGGUCCUCUUAUGUCCACUGAGGAAAUCGUAGUUAUUCCAGGGGAUACUGCAGAGCUACCAUGUUUUCUCCCUAACCUGAGCGUUCUGACUAUAAUAGGAGGGGGUUGGGUGCGUCACCCCCCUAAUGGCACCGACUUUCUGACCUUAGAAACACAGGGAAAGAAUCUACACUGGAGUGACACCAACACUAUGCCUAGAAUCAUGCUGUUUGCUCAACACCUUAGCACUAACUUUAGUGUGACGUUGACAAAUGUACAGUCUGCUGAUGCUGGUGUGUAUGUGUGCACUCUGAUGUUUAUGGGUGGAAAGAAUCUGAGUGCUGCGUUGAACCUGAAGGUUGAGGAAGACAGCAGGGCUGUUGUUCCUGUUACUCUGGAGAUUACAGCUGCUUUGGGGGGCACUGCAGAACUUCCAUGUUCACACCCUGGUGCAAGCCACCUACAUGUAAUAGCAGGGGGGUGGACUCAUGAACCCUGGCAUCACCUUCGAUUCCCCAUCUUAAUGAGCACAGAGUCCAAAGGCCUACACUGGAAUGGCACAGACGUUCUUGCGUCGAAAGUCACAUUCACUGACCUGCAACUUAACACCAACUUUAAUGUGACCCUGCAUAAUGUGGACUCUGCUGAUGCUGGAAUAUAUGUGUGCACUCUGUUGUUUGAGGAUGGAAAGCAUCUUCAUACUAAGCUGAAUCUGACAGUUGAUGGGGAGAAUGUUCGUGUUGCUCCCGAUAUAAGACAAACAUCCAACAUCAAAGAAUUCUUGCAGUGGCCUUUGCUAGGUGUAUCAUUGUGGGUCUGGGCUGCUGCGGCUGGUGGCUUUAUCCUUCUGAUUGGUCUAGUUGUUGUCAUUGUACUGAUUCAGAAGAAACGAAUGAAGACGCGCAAGAACAAACGUGUAAGGCAAAACAGGGAGAAAACUAAAUAUUCAACAGCUUCCAACACCCAGGAGUUAUUGCCGAUAGAACGUGAGAAGUUUUCUACCAAAAAGACUGAGAGGCAUCCACACUCAGGAAGGAGAGAGAGACAAACUCCUGUUCACAGGACACAGAAUUACAGAAACGUUAUGUGAGACGUGGUCAGAGAAAUGUGUCUAAUAAUUGUAUAGAAGAGCAUAACGUUGCAUAGUGAAAAGGAAAACAAAAUAAACAUUCCCAAAAUGGCUUGUUUUUUUUGCCAUCAGUGAAAAACAAUCUUAUUAAGCACCAUAAGACAUAGAUAAUUGAACCCGUUUUAAGACACCUGGUCUUAAUAACCAAUUCUGAGACUUAGUCUUGGAGAUUUAUCUAGAAAAAAGUAAAACAAAUGAUUGGAUGGGACUAUGUCAAUGUCACAAAUAUUCAGGACACAAAAACCAGUUUUUCUUGUUUAAGAAUCUGACCAGUUUUACUUCUCAGUUAAAGAAUCUGACUAUUGAGAUGUUAAAUGUGAUGUUGUUGCUCAUCACAGCAUUACAUUUUCAGUUAUUUGUUAAUAGUGCCGGUACACUGUAAGUUCAAUUUUAAAAAGAUGUGGUUAGCCAACCUUAUGGACCUUUCAUUAGUCGUCCUUCUUGUCUUAUCAGAGGUCAAAUAUUCAAAAAGAAAAGAUCUGUUAAAAUACACCUUUAAAGUGAUUACAGUUUCUUAAUCUAAGAGAAAAUAACUUGCUUUUAAUUUUUUUUAGAAUGCUUUAUUCAUUUAAAGUUUUUAUAGCUUCAUUUCUAGUCUGAUUAUUUUUCAGUUGUAGUCUAGGAAGUUUUAAGGCUUUGCCUUAUAUUCGAGAUGCUGUUGAAAGAAACACUUUAACCUCCCAGGUUCAUAAAUAUUGUGUGAAUGAAGCAUUUACAUUUAUGGCAUUUAGCUGAUGCUUUUAUCCAUAGCAACUUACAAUUAUGACUGAAUACAACUUGAGCAAUUGAGGGUUAAGGGCCUUGCUCAGGGGCCCAACAGUGGUAAUUUGGCAGUGGUGGGGCUCGAACUGGCAACUUUCCUACUGCCCAUAGUGAAUUGUAACUGGUUAUAAGAGAAUAACAAGAGUAACAAUCAAAUUUUUUAAAAGCCUCUAGUUUUGAUAUCAUUUCAUAUAUUUGGGACUAGAUAUUAAUACUAGUUACAAUGUCUUACUAAGUCAUUGUGUUUCCCAUAUUGGUGGAUUAUUAUUUGUAACCAGAGAGGGUAUGUAGGGAUAUGUGCAUUUGGCAUGUAAUUAAAGUAAUUUCCUUAAGUCUUGAGUGUUUCUGAUAACUUGUAAUGUAUUGUUGAAUUUUUGAU